UGUAUUAUCUUCGGUUAUUCAUCAUAUUAAUUCGCUUUUUAUGGAUCUACACUCCGUCCAUUCGAGUUAAACCUUUCUAAACCUUUUAAAGCUCGUGUGUUUGUGUAGACUGCAGUAGCUGAACUACUCUAGCGUGCUGUUCAUUUGUAUUUACAACCACUUAGUUUUGUUGUGGUAAAAACUGGCAUUCCCAAACCAGCCCCUCUCUGUCCUUCACCCCCUCACACACACUGAGGCUACUUUACUGCCCUCCAUUAUCUCUUCUUAAUUAGUAUUCUCCACUUACUCGUUCUGCAUUUUUGCUUGCCACCAGCUAUAAAUCGCAUAAUCUUCCUUUGAGAGGAGUGUUUUGUUGAAGUUAGCUAACUAGCUUGGUUUAGCUGUUGAGGAAAUUAUUUUUUUCUGGCUACGGGCUGAGGUGAACACUAGCUCUGGUUUUACUACAGCGUUUACUGCAGAAACAGGAGAGGUUAUCAGGCGUGGUGGUGAUUAUUUUGCAGCGAAAACAUAUCUAACUAGCAGGCUGGGGUUUUGGUCGAGGCUUUGCUUGAAACUUCACGGUGGGUUAAGGGAGAGUUCCCCCAGAGACUCUCCUCAGAGUCGGGCUCAGGCUGACCGCCACCCCGCUGCUGCUGCUGCUGCUGUUAUGGAGGGAAGAGGGACGAGCUUCUGCGCUCUAACACUCGCCGCACUUCUGCUUCAAGAGGUGGCAGGGUUGAGCUUGAGAAACGAGCAGUCGGGAAAGUGUGUGCAGAUACAGGACAGCCAAGAUCACGGAACCAUCAGCCUGGAGGAGUGCAAACCAGGCUCAGCUCUGCAGGAGUGGCGCUGGAGCUCAGAGAGACAAACCCUCAGAAACCCAAAGACAGGCAAAUGCUUGACUGCCGUGCAGAUCCAGGAGCAAGAGCUCAUCAGGCUGCGGGCCUGCAGACCCGAGGAGGAGGAAGGCCAGGCCUGGAGCUGUUCAAAGAAGGGCCACCUGACCCUCCAUGGUAAAGGCUUCCACCUGAGUGCACAUCUGGACUCUUCCAGUGUGUUUCUGUCAGCGGAGCGAGGGAGAAGCAGCAAGUGGAGGACGCUAAAUAAGCAGAUUGUUUGUGAGGAAGAGGAGGCAGAAGCAGAGGGCACACCUGAACCUGAGAAACCAGUCCCCCGAAUCAUUGCCAAAAUUCGCUUUUGGCAGCCUCCAGUAAAUCACGACCCUCCUCCAUUCAAGCCCACCCAGCCAGCUCAAAUCUCUUCUGCACCCCCAGAGACAAAUAGCAGCAUGGACGCCUCCCUGAAUCAGUUCAGCUUGGAGUAUGGGUUAGGAUGGAAGGUAACCAUGCUGGUUCUAAGCUCACUUGCUCUCCUUCUUGGAACGGUCAUCCUCAUCCUCAACGUCUACCAAAACAGGAGGAGGAAAACUGUGGUGGUUCUAAAGUCAUACUCCUCAAAGGAAACCAUCAGCCAGCCCGGAUCACCGGUUCCAAGUGAGAGAGCACCUCUGACCAAACACCCCAUGAGACCACCCAGAUCCCCGUCCAUUCAGCGCGGUGAGAUCCUCGUUGAGUGGAAGGAUGGCACAGUCACUCCGCUGUUCGAUACUUACCUGACCUCCUAAAACAUAACAUAACUAACAAAACAUUAACUGCUGUGUAACGGUGUAAACGGUGUGUAACGGUAUGUUGUAGGCCUGGUUCUGCUGUUUCUCUGAAACCUGAUACAGUCUUUCUACUUUCUUUUUGUUUCUCCUGUGUCAGUUUUCUGUUCGGUAUGCAGAGCAUUUUUAUUUGUGCUUUACUUUUUCUACUUUGCACGGGUGGAUGCUCAAUAGAGAGUGGCUUUGCAAAUGAUGGCUCCACAUGCAGGGGCCACGAAAUGCUGUAAACAACCACACAAAGCGCCUGCUUUAAAACGGCUGUGCUCCACACCCUUAAGUAGCACCACAUGAACAGCAGUGGUGCCAGUCGAAACCAUGGGCUGCUUUCAACACGCUCAAAUCGAUGUCAGUCAAUGUGUGGGUGGGUCCGCAAAUGUGUGUAUUUCACUCCCAAAGGAGUGGACUGAGCUACAGAACACAGAAGUACACUGUUUACAUUUCAGUAAAACCGCAAAAAGCUUAGAGACAUAAUGCCUAAGUAACAAAUGAGAGCACUUACAGAGGACAUGCUGUUAUUUGUGGUUUAGAAACAAAUGGAGUCAGGAUAUAAUAGCACACAUUUUCAACAACAUCAAAAAAAAAAAAAGGAAACUGUUCAAGUUAUUUGUGACCUAAAUAAAUACUAUAAGCCCACCUCUUAUCUAUUUCAGUGUUUUUAAAAGUCUGUUUUGUUAGCAUGUUUGUGCAGACAUGUUUGAGCAAGAAUCGUAAUGUACUAAACCAUCCAGGUAAACCAGUCAGAGUUUAAUGUAUAGAGACAUUUGUACCUGUGCUAGUCGCAACCUGCAAUAAUAUUACAUUACAUAAUCACAAACAAGGUGGUGCCGUGUUUGAGGGUGGGGUAGCUGCUCUGUCUAGGAGUGAGCAAGCACAUGUAUUCACAUGAACGCAUCUCAUCCACUAGACCAAGAAAACCGUGAUGAGACAAACACUGUAAAUUUUGUUGUGUCUCAAUUACCUAUUAUAAACAACUACCAAGUUACUGUAAUAUCUCAAAUGAGAAAACAGUUGGAACAGAAUAGAAAAUAUAAUGAAAAAAAAAAUGUUUAAUAUCUCUUACAUUAACUGACAGGAUGAAAUUUUCAAGAUAUUUCAUGUUUUGUCUGGGUAACUUCUUUCAUACCUCCAUUCUAUGGGGAAUGCACCAAUAUGGGAAUUCUUACAACAUGCAGACCAAUCAGAGUGCUUCAUUUUCACCUAACCACCAUGCUCUACCCUGCCCUGCCUCACCUAGCUCUUUGAUUCCGUGUGUCUGGUUAGCAAGUAUAAUAAUUCAGCAAGCAAAUUAUCAAGCCAUCUGCUACUUUCAUCCACGCUUCAUUUUCCUCCAAAUUGUCAACGCUGCGUCGCUGUGCUAAAGUCUCUCAGGGGCUCACUCUUACUCGCUCACUCUCUUACUUGUUGGGUGUUAUUUGUACUCAUAAAAUUGUUUUAAGGUUGGCAGAUCUGCACAUGCACAUACCCGCUGAUUCAAAUGCAAAUAUACACAUACAAAACAUUAGACAUUCAAUAUAAUGUUAAAAAAAUAAAUAAAAAAUAACUUAAAUCUACGGAUUUUAAACUAGCACAUACAGCGUUGGCCAAUUAUAAUAGUGUGGUCAGCGUCACUCAAACACAAUAAACACACAAUAAAUACAUAAGUAAUAAGUAUCGGAUUAAAAUAUAGGCCAUAUCAGCCAAAGUCAAUGAUUCUAAAAUAAAUAAAUAAUAAUUUCAGUAUUAUUGUGCAUCACUUAAUACCCGUAUUUCAAACCUGCAUCACAUUUCAGAAAAUGUUAAAAUAUUUCCCUUUUUAAUACUGCCAUUCCUUCUUACAAUACUUAAGAGACAUGUGGCACAAAGGAUGCCAAGCGCUGAAGUGAUGUAGGUCUUUUUUUGUGUAAUUCAUAUGCAAACUUUAGAUGUGCACAAGUAUGCGUCAUUGUUGUCACAUAAAAAUUCUCAGGUACCCUCUUCUUCUGCAGCCAUGCCUUUGUAAAGUGUGCAGCAUGUGGUCAUGCGUUGUUUCGCAAAAAAAAAUUUGCAAAAGUUUUUUUGUCUUGUUUAAAUCAUUUUCUCAUUAAUUUGUUACAAACUGGAGAUACUUUGAUUAUCUUUCCUACUCAGAAAUGCGUACUGUGGAGUCUGUUUUGGCACUAAAUCCUUUAGAAUGGAUUUAUAUUUAAAAAAUUUAAUUAAGCUGACUAGACAAAAUGUGAAAUAUCUUACUGCAUGCAUUGAAAUGAAAGUCAAAGUAAA